AUUACGCAACAACUACAACAGAAUGCCGCUGGUCAAGGUCAGAGACGACCACCGCCCCCCCAGGUGGGUCAAAUAACGGAAAAUCUUCUGCAGGAUUUAGAUGAUGAACCCCCGCUUAUUAAAUUAGGGGACGCAUCAGUAGCAGCACCUUUUACAUCCAAACUUUCUAAUGUUUCAGCAAUCACAAAUAUUGUACGCCAAGGCCGUUGCACACUGGUCGCCACUAUUCAGAU